AUGGAUCAUCUGCACCAGAGCAAGGCUUCGGCCCUUGCAGCCGAGCUGGGAUUCUCGAACACCACGAAAUCCAAGCUGGCUGUCCUCUCCGAACGCAUCUGCGGGUUUGAACGCCAAAUGGAAACAGAGGCAAAGCAGAGACGGGAAAGUGAAGAGGGCAGAGUCAUUGCCAUAAAAGAGGCUAUCUCCAAAUUGGAGAAAACCCUGAAUGCAGAAAUCAAGCGACGGGUGGAAGCCAAUAAGGCCCUGCAAGCGAUGUUCGAGAGCCAGCUGCUGCAGGUGCAGGACAAGCUCUCUCAGGUGUUCGUAGAUAAGUUUGAGCAGCUGCAAUGCGGGGUGGAUGCGCUGAAUGAGAGAAUCUCUCUUGUCGAGCGAGAAUUUGCCGUUGAGAGAGACAAACAAGCGAGAGAAGCAGAGGAGAAAAACGCCGCUAUUUCCAACGAUAUCUCCUCACUGCAGCACGCAUUCGAAACCGAUAAGUCAGGCCGACAAGAGAGAGAGCUGCAGCUAGCCAAACGGCUGGGAGACCUAGAAUACAGGACAGAAGGAAAAUUUGAGGCUGAAAAGAACGCGAGAGAACAGAAGAUUGAACAGCUGAGAGAAGAGCUGGAAGAAGCAAAGCGGAUUAGGGAAAGAGGAGAAGAAAAAUUUCACACUUUCAUUCUCGAGGAAGUUGCAGCACUAAAGAACGGGCUCAUUCUCGAGUCCCAGGCCCGCGAAGGCGCUGACGAUGAUAUUGUGCAGGCGGUGAACCACUAUACCACAGCGUUACAGGAUGCGCUGCGCCUAGUGACGACUGCGUAG